GUUUUUUUUGCAGCUGGCUGACAACUCUGGAAAUUGCUGCGAAUGAAAAGAAGAUAAUUGACGUGUCACUUGAAAAUUUUUGUGUAAUUGCAAAGUGCACGGCAGUAACUGGAUAAGUGCACGUCAAAGAAACGCCGAUCGAAUUUGAGACACCGCCACGGCAGCAGAAAGAAACAGAAAUCAAAACAGAAGCAACAAAAUGUUGACCAAUUUCGAGUCCAAGUCGGCCCGAGUGAAGGGUCUUUCGUUUCACCCGAAACGUCCCUGGAUUCUGACCAGUUUGCACAGUGGAGUGAUCCAGUUGUGGGACUACCGCAUGCACACGCUGCUGGAGAAGUUCGAUGAGCACGAUGGUCCAGUGCGUAGUGUCGCUUUUCACCAACAGAUGCCGCUGUUUGUGUCCGGCGGUGACGAUUACAAGAUUAAGGUGUGGAACUAUAAACAGAGAAGAUGUAUUUUCACUUUGCUGGCGCAUUUGGAUUAUGUGCGCACCGUGGCAUUCCAUCACGAGUAUCCCUGGAUUCUGAGUGCCUCCGAUGAUCAGACCAUACGCAUCUGGAACUGGCAAUCGCGUAACUGCAUCUGUGUGCUGACGGGACAUAAUCAUUAUGUGAUGUGUGCCCAGUUCCAUCCCACAGAGGAUCAGAUUGUGUCCGCCUCCUUGGAUCAAACGGUGCGCGUUUGGGACAUUUCGGGUCUGCGCAAGAAGAAUGUUGCGCCUGGACCCGGUGGACUGGAUGAGCAUCUAAAGGGCCAUCCCGGUGCCACGGAUCUGUUUGGCCAGGCCGAUGCGGUGGUCAAGCAUGUGCUCGAGGGUCACGAUCGUGGCGUCAACUGGGCCAGCUUCCAUCCCACGCUGCCGCUGAUUGUCUCCGGCGCGGAUGAUCGCCUGGUCAAGCUGUGGCGCAUGAAUGAGUACAAGGCCUGGGAGGUGGACACGUGUCGUGGCCACUACAACAAUGUGUCCUGCGUGCUGUUCCAUCCACGCCAGGAUCUGAUCAUUUCCAACGGCGAGGAUCGCAGCAUACGCGUCUGGGACAUGACCAAGCGUCAGUGUCUCUUCACCUUCCGGCGGGACAACGAACGCUUCUGGAUUAUGGCAGCGCAUCCCACACUGAAUCUGUUUGCAGCCGGUCACGAUGGCGGCAUGGUGGUCUUCAAGCUGGAGCGCGAGCGUCCGGCGUAUGCUGUGCACGGCAACAUGCUGUACUAUGUGAAGGAUCGCUUUCUGCGCAAACUGGACUUUACCACCACCAAGGAUACGGUGGUGAUGCAGCUGCGUCCGGGCAAGUCGCCCGUCUACAGCAUGUCUUAUAAUCCUGCUCUAAACGCAGUGCUCAUCUGCACACGCACCAACAAUCUGGAGAACAGCACCUACGAUCUCUGCCAGAUCCCCAAGGAUAGCGAGAGCGAGCGACAAAAUGAAUCCGAUAGCAAACGGAGUUCGGGCAUUACGGCCAUUUGGGUGGCAAGGAAUCGUUUUGCGGUGCUGGACAGGAAUCAGCAGCUGGUGGUGAAGAACUUUAAGAACGAGGUGACCAAGAAGAUACCCACAUUCUGUGAGGAGAUCUUCUAUGCCGGCACAGGCAUGCUGCUCAUCCGUGACCCCGAAUAUGUGACUCUGUACGAGGUGCAGCGUCUGGUUUCCGUGGGCAGCAUCAAGUUGGCCAAGUGCCGCUAUGUGGUCUGGUCACCGGACAUGUCGCUGGUGGCGCUGCUCUGCAAGCACUCGGUGACCAUCUGUGACCGGAGAUUGCAAUACCUGUGCACAGUGCAGGAGAACUGUCGCGUCAAGUCGGGCGCCUGGGAUGAGUCCGGAGUGUUCAUCUACACCACGAGCAAUCACAUCAAGUAUGCCAUUACCAAUGGGGAUCACGGCAUCAUACGCACCUUGGAUCUGCCCAUCUAUCUGACCAGGGUCAAGGGCAACCAGGUGUUCUGCCUGGAUCGCGAGUGUCGCACCCGUGUCCUGCACAUUGAUCCCACGGAGUACAAGUUCAAGCUGGCGCUCAUUCAACGCAAAUACGACGAAGUGCUGCACAUGGUGAGGAAUGCUCGUCUCGUGGGCCAGAGCAUCAUUGCGUAUCUGCAGCAGAAGGGUUAUCCGGAGGUGGCCCUGCACUUUGUCAAGGAUGAGAAGACGCGAUUUGGCCUCGCCUUGGAGUGCGGCAACAUUGAGAUUGCUCUGCAGGCAGCCAAGGCGCUGGAUGACAAGGAUUGCUGGGAUCGUCUGGGUCAGGCUGCUUUGCUCCAGGGCAAUCAUCAGGUUGUGGAAAUGUGCUAUCAGCGCACCAAGAACUUUGACAAGCUGAGCUUCCUCUAUCUGAUCACUGGCAAUCUGGAGAAGCUCAAGAAGAUGAAUAAGAUUGCCGAGAUUCGCAAGGACAUCUCGGCACAGUAUCAGGGCGCCCUGCUCCUGGGCGAUGUCAAGGAACGCGUAAGCAUUCUCAAGAAUUGUGGACAGCUAUCGUUGGCGUAUCUCACUGCAGCCACCCAUGGUCUGGAUGAGCUAACGGAGUCACUGGGCGCCAGCAUCACCGCUGAGGGCAGCGCUCUGCCGGAGAUCAAUCCGCAGGCUCAGCUGCUGCAGCCGCCGGUGCCCAUACAGCAGCUGGAGACCAACUGGCCACUCCUCUCCGUGUCCAAGGGCUUCUUCGAGGGCGCCAUGGUGACCCGGGCCGGCAGCAGUGCCACAGCUCGCCAGGCACUCAACAUUAAUGCGGAUGCAGCGUUGCUGGACGAGCACAAUGGCGGUGGUGAUGGCUGGGGAGCUGAUGCAGAUCUGGGAUUGGGCGAGGAUGAUGAUGGCGAUGAGGAGAUGCAUGAUGCGCUGAGCAACGAUGAGGGGCAGGAGGAGGCGGGCGGCGGUGGUGGCUGGGAUGUGGGUGACGAUGAUCUGGUGGUGCCCAUCGAGCUGGCAUCCAAGAUCAAAGCAUCAGCACUGGACAGCAACUACUAUGCGGCGCCCAACAAGGGACAAUCUCCAGCCCAGCAUUGGGCCAACAACUCCCAACUGGUGCUGGAUCAUGUCAAGGCUGGCGCCUUUGAGAGCGCCUUCCGACUGCUCAGCGAUCAGCUGGGCGUGAUUAACUUUAAGCCCUUCAAGACACUGUUCCUGCAGAAUUACGCCUGUGCCCGCACCAGCUACACGGCCAAUCCCAAUCUGCAAUCCCUCUGCGGUUAUCCACUGCGCAACAGCGGCGAGACAAAUGCCAAGCUGCAACGUCCAGCGAUGGGCAUUAAGCUAAACGAACUGGUGUCCCGCCUCCAAGCUGGUUACCAGAUGACCACAACGGGCAAAUUCAGCGAAGCCAUCGAGAAAUUCCACUCCAUACUGAUUAGUAUUCCACUGCUCGUGGUGGACACCAAACUGGACACGGCCAGAGGCCGCAGCAUGCAAAUGCUGCGAAUCUGGAGACGCUGCGCGGGCAUGCGCAAAUUCAAGCUGGAGGAAGCCCAGAAGCAUCAGCUGCAGAUGGCAAUCCGUUCAACAUCUUCAGCCCAUCGUGGCAAACCGGAGGUGACCUGUCCCUUCUGUGGCUCCGCCUACGAUCCCCAAUACAAGGGACAUCUCUGCACCGUGUGCGAGGUCAGUCAGAUUGGCAAGGAAUCCAUUGGACUGCGCAUUUCCACACUGCAAUUCCGUUAAACGGAUCGACGCAUCUUUAAUCGUAUUCUUAGUGUAAUGUCUACAAACAAAUAUAUUAUUAUGAAAUAUCUACAAUAUAUACUUUGCAUCCAAUCAUUAUGAAA